AGUUGGCACCAACGCACCCGCCACUGCCCGCCAUCACCACCAUAACAUCCCGUUGGAAUGGUGCAUGUUCAGAACGUUCAACUCUGUGUGCCUGCAGAUGUCUCAGACCGGAGAGAUCAUCUGAGAGUCUACCCUUGAUAUUAUAAUUCCGGAGAGUCUGGCGAGCAUCCGGAAUCCGGAUCUUCACUCCUGAUGAGUCAUUCAUAGACGCUACUGAGAUAUAUGUGCCGCCGCAGUAGCUAUAGCCUGCUAUAGCAAGUAUUGAGGUUAUCGCAAUGCGCUCUCAUUCUCUCGUGGUAGUUCUGAGCCUAGGGUCAGCAGCUCUAGCACUACUUGGUCAAUUCCCUGUUAGUACUACUGAUGAAAGCGCUCGACCCUUGGACAUUGCCAACUUGGACGAUGACAAAUCACAUUCAUAUAGUUUCGAUUCAAAGACUGCGCAAUGGAGGUUUGACGAAGGUCCUGCCGAGAACGCGACAGGGAACUUGAUCUUCGACACUGUCCAUUCAUUCCUGCAACACUGGCCAAACACUCGGUACCGUAAUGGACAUAACAUAGUACCAGGAGUGGUUCCAACCGGUACUUUGUUGUAUCACGGCACCAGCCGCAAAACGAUACCCAGUGGGCCCGAAUGGACUGCUACAGACCCAGAGCAUUCUCUUCUUUUCGCUGCCCGUGGAACAGAUAGUGGCUGGCACCUCACGCUGGCAACAACGCGACCUCUCAAAAUCUUGUACUUUGAUGGAAGUAGUGCUGCUAAGGUAGCCGAGGGUACAAUGGAUACGCAGGAUAUAAUAGCCUGGGAAGAAGUGCAACCCGAGCGAUUCUUCGAUGAAAGAUCGCGGAUUGAAGAUCUCUGUAAGUGGGGAAAGGAGUUCGGAAUCGAUGGUUUCGCGAGGAUGGAAAUGGACUUUGAAGUUAUGCUGUGCGAUUUUACGGCUGGUGUUGAGCUGGUAUCUUUCUUGUAUGUCCGGCUUUCACCGAAGGACAAAGACCAUUCCCCUCCCUCCCCUCCUCCAUUGGAUCCCAACAACCAGGUUCGCAGAUUCGAAGUCAUGCACUCUGGCUCAUGGCACAAUCGCUACCCAGGAGAUUCUCGCAUUGUGCUCGACCUGACUGGUCUUGUCUCGCUGUAUGAUAUCGCACUGGCACCUUCCCUCGUCCCGGUUCGCGCGGGGCUUGAACGGUGGGACCACCGGGUGUUCGGAAUAUCAUCAAACGACAUAUCGAAGGUGAUGAGAAAGCUCACCGAAGUCAUUAGUCGGCCACACCCGACAAACAGCGGCCUUGACUGGAAGACCCUCAUCCACGUCAUCGUCGAUCGAUAUGCGAAUCGACUUGAGUUGAUGCAAUAUCUCCUGAAUUUCACCUCAUCAGACCCGCAAGAAGUCCUUGAACGAGCGAAACUCGCGCAAAUCCAGCUCCGUGUUAUGGUUAUGCCGUAUCUAUUAGAUUCCACUGUCGUCCCUAGCGCAGGUGCUUCAGGUGUCGACACUCUGCAGUGGGCGUCCCCAAUUUUCAGGCUAUGUGCCACGACACAUACCUCCGUGAUGAUAAGCCAAAUACCCUUCAUGACGCCUUCGGAACACUUGCUGCUGAAAGCUGUCGAGGAGACAACGAGAGAGAUCUGCCGCGUCACUACGAAAAUGUGGGCCGUAGGUGUCAUGAACGGGCUCGACACUCUUUUCCCUGUUGAACUGAGUGGAGAUCCUGAUGUCCUCCAAAUAAUGGAUGAUCGGAGACAAGACAUCGAGAAGCUGAUGUCUUGGUUAGACUGGAGUAUAUGGAUUAAAUGCCGACCUGCCUGCGGCCCAGAGGAAAUGUGUUAUCUUCCUACUUGGCCUAACAAUGCCCCCGGGCGAAGGCAUCCACGUCAACCUCCACGGGACCCGCAGAAUAGCACGGGUGCACCAGCAGAAGUACAGGAUCUUGCUGAUCGAGUCGGGUAUCCACCCGAGGGUUCAGUAAUUGCAGAUGAAUUUUCCUUCAUUGGGACACCAGAGGAAUGGAGGAAGCCUCAACCGAAGUGCAUUAGGCGCCUCCCGCCGUACGGUUUCUGAUUCACGGGCCUUCACAUCGUUCUUGCAAGCAUGAGUCAUCUAAUAGACGUACAUCUUUCCACCUCGUCAUACUGUGCUGCUCAUUUGCAAUCUAUUUGCUUGCCCUCCGAGUUUUCCCCUCCAAGUUGCUCUUCUAUUUUGUUUUACGAUAUUAUCAGUUGUAUAUGGCUACCAUCUGCACCUUCCAGCACGCUGUCCAGCACUGAUGCAGGCUCUCAUCGUGUUACCAGUUCUCGUUGCUUUUUUUCGUUCUUUCGUUCCAGUACUAUAUGGCGACCACCUGUACUUUUUAUGGAUAUCAAUACAUCAAUGACAAUACGACAAUAAAAACUACUAAAAAUGCAACAGCUACAUCGUUGUACCUGACGGUGACUUCGCAGUAGUAUUUGGAGCGAACAUA